ACCUCACAAAGAGGAUCAGAGGGGCAGCCUGUUAGCCUGGAGCUGUAAAAAGCAACAAGGAGGCCUGUGGCACCUUACGGACCAACAGAUGUAUUGGCGCAUGAGCUUUCGUGGGCGAAUACCCACUUCGUCAGACGUCACAAAGUCUUAGCUGGAUCAGCAAGGAAGUGGCGCUGCUACGUCCGCCACACACAAGAUGGCGGACCCCGCUUGGCAGUAAUACCCGGCGCCCAUUCUCCCGCGAUUAGAUGGAAAUUAGACUAAGAUUGCAGUAAUGGGCAGAAGCUAUUUUGUGGAAGAAGCUGUUGGACAGUAUCUUUCAGACUUCAGCACCAAACCAAAGGCUUGUGUCACUGGCCUGUUGAUAGGGCAGUGUUCCCCACAAAGAGAUUAUGUGAUUCUGGCUAUUCGAACACCUCCAAGAGAAGAGCAGAAUGAAAGCAACAAAAAUUAUCAUCCAAAAUUGGCUGACAUUGAUGAAGACUGGGUAGCAGGACAUGCUAGUCAGUUGUCUAGAAUGCUUCCAGGAGGACUGCUAGUUCUUGGUGUAUUUAUUGUUGCAGCUCCAGAGCUGGCUAAAGACAUCCAAAAUGCUUUGCGCAAGCUAGUUUUUUCAGUAGAAAAGUCUAUAGGUAAAAAGAGGCUCUGGAAUUUUACGGAGGAGGAGGUCUCUGACAGAGUGGCUCUUCACCUUUGUUCUGCUACAAAGAAAAUACUCUGUCGAACCUAUGAUAUGCAAGAUCCAAAGAGUUCAGCUAAGCCAGCAGACUGGAAGUACCAAAGUGGCCUGUCUGCCUUCUGGCUAUCUUUGGAGUGCACAAUUAAUGUUAAUAUCCACAUCCCACUUUCUGCUACGUCAGUCAACUAUGAACUAGAGAAAAAUACAAGGAAUGGAUUAACCCGGUGGGCAAAACAGAUAGAGGAAGGUGUUUUUCUGAUCAACGGGCAAGCUAAAGACGAUGACGCAGAGCUAUUGGAAGGGCAGAAAAAGACUUCAAGAGGAAAUAUUCAACACAGUAUUCAACCCUUUGAUGUGAAGGUUCUGAUGCAAUUGUCCCAGAGUUCAGGCCAUAGAUCUACAGCAACUGUGCAAGUCUGCAGUGGUUCCAUAAAUCUUAAAGGUGCUGUGAAAUGCAAAGCUUACAUCCAUAAUAACAAGCCAAAAGUUAAAGAUGCUAUUCAGGCUUUGAAGAGGGAUAUAAUAAACACACUCUCUGAUCGUUGUGAAAUAUUGUUUGAAGAUCUGCUUAUAAAUGAGGCACCCGAGAAAAAAAAUUCUGAGAGAGAAUAUCAUGCCUUGCCUCACAGAGUGUUUGCCUCUAUUGCUGGAUCAAAUGUGAUGCUGUGUGAUUAUAAAUUUGGAGAUGAAACGGCUGGCGAAAUCCAAGAGCGUUUUUUUGAGAUGUUGGAUCAAGUUGUGCAUGGGGAAGCUAUACAUAUAGCCGAGGAAAUAAACAUAGUUGAUAUAAAUCCACCUGUUGACAACACAGAUGACACGCAACAGAUGCAAUUGACAAAAGCAACACUGCUGUUGAAAUUUCAACAAAACAUGGGUGUGGUAAUAGCAGCUGCAGUUGCAAUCUUUGCAGUAGCUUUCUCCUUUAAUUACUUCAGUGACUAGACUCCAAGCAAAAGAAGCAGCCUAAUCAUCAUGGGAACAUUGACCAAUAUUCACAUUAAUAAAAGGUGGACGCUUCGAAGAUUUCAUAUAUUAGCAACUAAACAUGUUGCUUAAAAUACACCAGUUAGGUGUGUUCUAAAUUGUAGUGAUAUAUUCUUCUUGUUUCAACAUGCAAAUGCUGUAGGUGGAUCAGAUUUCCAGGAAACUAAAGGUAUAUAUCUUUGAUGGAAAAAUAAAAUAGCAUUAUUUUCCAGGAAGAAUUGUUUAAAAAAAAAUCCCUUUUCCCUGCUACUUCAUUACAAUUUUAUUGUUAAAAACUUAACUAUAUUUUUCAAGAGACAUUUUCAAGGUUGUUGGAUCUUAACAUUUGCCCUUUUUAAAUUACCCACUAUGACAGGUCUUGCCUUAGGGAAUCCUUUAACACUGAUAUGGGCUAAAAUGCUGUUAAGUAUUUAAAAGAGAGAGAGAGACAAGGAUUGAAAUCCUCCUGAUUUCAGUGGCACCAGAAUUUCACCCCAUAUAUUCUUUUUCUUAAAGUAUGUGUGUCGGGUUGGUUAAUGGAUGUAGUAAAUAUGCAAAUAGUUUGUAGCAGCCCCCAAAUCCCAUUUUAAGCCAACACACACUAUAUAAAUAUCUUAGCUCAAGUAUCAUGAACAGAAAUUAAUGAAAUAAUUAAACCUCUAAGAUGUAUGGCAAAUUUAUAUAUGCUUUCUUUUUCAUCAUCUGACGUAUCCAUCCAAUCCUGAUUGACUCAAUUCCCAUCUUUCCCUGAAGAAAGAUAUAUCAGAUAAUUCCCCAGAUAUUCAAAUCCCAAAUAUGCAGACAGAUAUGAAUAAUUUUAUACAUUUUUUAGAGGCUGAUAAUUAAAAUUUUUGGGAUAUGAAUGAGAGAAGUAAGUCUAUGCCGGCCUUAAAUUUGCUUUCCCCCAGGAAAAAUGUUUGAAACAAGGUUAACAAAUGUCACUUUUAUACAAAAGUUGUUGGCAUUCAUAUAGUUCCGAGUUACUAUAUAAAACAGAUAUGUACCAGAUUGAACAGUAUUUAACCUUAAAUUGCAGCUUAAUGAGUUUUGAUGCAAAGGUACUGGAAUUGCAGAAAAAAAUCAGAAAGCUUUGAGCCUACAGCAUAAUCAAGCAUAAAAUAUUAGAAAACUUUGAAUAAAAGGUAACUUGCAGAUGAAAUAAUGUUAAAAUUCAUAGCCUCUUCAUCUGAUUUUUAUGUUCUGGAAACAGUAAACCCAGUAAAAGAAAAAUUUGAUGUACAGAUUUGUACAAUUACUGCUGACUUGCUAAGGAUCAAGAAAAGCUUAGACUGACUCUUAGAGCAAAUUGAAGCUAUAAAAAGCAUUGUCUUCAUUUAGCAUUAGUAACACACCAAAUUUGAACAUUAUAGGAAUUCUUUUUAAUUGUUGGCCAAAGGCUAAAUUUCAGACUUGGAGCAUGGUUGAGGCCUGUAUUAGGCAAUGGUGGCAUCUCUGAUGUCCUCUUUUUCCUUCUCACUGCAUUGUUUGAAUGGAGCAACUUGAAGGGCAAAGAAGGAAACAAGGCCCCUUAUAGCAGAGUGCAGGGAUGCCCUCCUGCAGCAAAUUUAUUUUGGAAAUAUGUGCUCUUUGACAUAAAUCUGAUUGAUUCCACAGGCAAAAUAGAAUGAUGACAAAGUAUUUUCUUAAUGAGCCAGGGACAAAUCAAUAAUAGCAGGAAUGGUUCAGCAAUAUCAGAGGUGGAGAUGAAUUUCCCCAACCCAUCUCAAGCCUUUUUUAAAUUUUAAAAACUGCUCCUCACACAGACACAGUCUGCUUCUGUCUCCUGAGAGAAUGGUAGGAAGAAGUCAGUCUGUUGUCCUAGUUAUGAGUAGGCACUUUAUUCCUUCCCCACUUCUGGCUGCUAAAAGAAGGUGGACCUUGGACUUUGGUACCAAAGUCCAUCUCAACUGAGAGACCCAGGGGAGAAAAGAGAACAACAUGGUGGAGGCACUCAAGAAAGGGAAAGAGUGGCUGCCAGGGCAUUCUCCUGUAGGGGCUCCUUGACUUUGGCAUUUGAUUUCUCACUUACCAAAAAUAAAUCUCUUGGUUGGCCAGAGCCCAAGUUUGUUAAUAAAGAGCUGGAUGUGUGUAUUUUUGGGAUAAGUCAUAUUGCAAAGGUUAAUUCUUUUAAAAUAGUAAUCUGUGAAAUAUGUUAAUUGUUGACUGGCUGGUAUUGUGAUGACUUGGUCAAAAUAAAGCAUUUUAAAUAGAGAGAGAUCUGAACUUUUCUGAAUACUUAUUCUCACAUUGCCUAGUUUUAAUAUUGUAUUACUGUUGUUCUUACUGUGUGUAUGUAUAAACAAGUCUGCUCCAUACCUGUCAUAACUGCUCAUUUGCAUGCUUUGUAUGUUGUUCUCAUCCAUGUUUGUUAGUAUUUUGCCUACAUAGAUAGUGAACUUUGAGACUGGUAAACUGUUAUUUCAUGUAGAAUGCCAAACAAAGCUUUAGUGAGUGACUUAAUAAAUGCUCCUCUCAAACA